UCGGCGAGCCCGGCUGGGAGGGGGCCAGCUCGCCAGCGGGCAAGUGGGCGAGCGGGUGGGCGACGCUCCGGCUCUCGGCCAUGUCUUCUCCUCCCAACGCCCGGGAGAGCCCGUCCUCCGACGAGGAGCCCUCUUCGGCCCCUCGCUCCACGGCCGAGGACCGGCCGGUCAAGGUCUCCAGUCUGCCGUUCAGCGUGGAGGCUCUCAUGUCCGACAAGAAACCGGUCAGGGAGGUGUCUCCCCCGCUGCCCGGGGUGGACGGCCCGGGACUGGGCCCGUCCAGGACCACGCCGCUGCCGGGGCCCGCUUCCAGGGACGCUCACAGCCCCGGGGGGCUUACAAAAACUUUCGACGCGGCGUCGGUCAAGUCGGAGAACUCCGAGGAUGGGGGGCCUUGGAUGCAGGAGGCGGGACGAUACUCCCCUCCGCCAAGGCACCUGAGUCCCACCACCUGCACCCUGAGGAAGCACAAGACCAACCGGAAGCCCCGGACGCCUUUUACCACUUCCCAGCUGCUGGCCCUGGAGCGCAAAUUCCGCCAGAAACAGUACCUGUCCAUCGCCGAGCGCGCCGAGUUCUCCAGCUCCCUGUGCCUCACAGAGACCCAGGUCAAAAUCUGGUUCCAGAACCGGAGGGCCAAGGCCAAGCGGCUGCAGGAGGCGGAACUGGAAAAGCUGAAGAUGGCCGCGAAGCCCAUAUUGCCGUCGGGUUUCAGCCUGCCCUUUCCCGUCAGUUCACCCCUUCAAGCGGCCUCCCUGUACGGCGCUUCCUACCCCUUCCACAGACCCAUGCUCCCCAUUCCACCCGUGGGCCUCUAUGCCACGCCGGUAGGCUACAGCAUGUACCACCUGUCCUAAAGCCGUCCUGGAAGGGAAGGAUGGUCCCGGAAACUUCGGGCAGGACGGGCUUGGGUUUCCCCUUCAUUUUCACCUCCCUCGCCUCCCCCGCCCCCAGGGGGGUGGGGGAAACAGAACCGAACCUGGGUCCGUGCGGGCUGGGCCGGCCCAGGGACAGCAGAGGGAGGAGGCUGGGCUAGCGACCCACGCCUGAGCCCCGCUUCUCAGUGGUGGCUGAUGACAAGCUGGCAACCCCCUUUCACGGGACUGAUCCCCAAAGCUGUUUAUAUAUAAAUAGGCGGAGAACAGGAGACACAUUUUACACUGCACUGGGGAACCCCACUCCAAACAUUUUGAAGGCAGAUUUUUUUUUUUCUUUCCUCUUUGUCUCACCUUCCUAAAGGCUGUGCCAGGGCUUGUGUGUUUUAAGUGGGAUGAACCAUUUGCAAGAAUGAGCCUUGUCGCAACUAAUUAGGGGUUUCAACGUGCGGAGGGGCUUUCUUUAUACCAGACGGAUGAGCAUUAGAAAUAGGAAGAAAACAGAAUCGAGGGAGUCCCGAGGGGAGGGUCGGGGACGUCCUGCACUUGGACAUGGAGAACCAGGGAGGGUCACUGACUCUCUGGCUCCGACACCUGCCCCUCCGCGGGCCAGAGAAGGGUCCGUUUGCCAAAAGAUACCGCAGGCCCAGCGCCGGCGUGGGGAGCGGGUUGGGGGAGAGAAAAGGGGCCCCAUCAACUUGGCCGAGUCGCUGCUGGGUUUGCCGAGUUCCCCGGGGCUAGGCCCGAUGCGGAAGGCAACAGAGAGGCCAAAGGGCCAGGGAGCAAAAUAUUUUUCGCCAGAGACCGAGUCUAGCGAGGGUCGACCAGGCAGGGAAACGUUUUCCAUCUUGGCCGUUUUGGUUUCACGGGUGGACUGUCCUGUAAAUGGAGUCUAAAUGCAGGAGCCGAAGAUGGAACAAACACUAACAAAUCCAGGCAGAGAGAGAACCGUUCUCGCGCGCGCGUGUGUGUGUGUGUGCGUGUGUGUGAGUGAGUGAGUGGCAACCCGCAGAAGAGAGGGGUGACAAACAUCUCGAAGACAAGGAUUAUUUAACAGCCGGGAAGGCUGCGCCCCUCUUCUUCCCCCACCUCCCUCCCCUUUGAAAGGGGCGGCGUGUACGAUUUUAUAUAUUUUAUUGAAGAGUUAUUAUUUGUUAUCUCAUAUUUCAAAUUAAAUUAAAUCUUGUUGAAUUGCG